AUGUAUUUGGAAGUUCGCAAUGUCUUCUCAGAAGCUUUCCCUCCAUGCGAUUUCCAGGCAGAUGACCCGAACCUGAUCGAAUCCUUUCGAGCACGACACCCGGAACGAGCACCACAGGUCCUGGGGGACAUGGGGUACAUCUUCACCUGGGGUAUUUAUGUCAAAGGUCCAGUUCGAGAUGCGGCAUAUCGAAACGCUGCCUUGGCCCUGGAGUACUACAGGAACUACAACGCAAGCGUGCAUCAGCCAGUGAGAUUUUUCCAUGGUUUGUCUGAACUUGAGAUGGAAGACUUUCUUCUGUGUAGCGAUUCCACCACCUGGGGUGCGGAUUUCACCAACACGGCCAUUUGGGCAAACUAUGUGAAGUGGACUGGAGAUCUUGAGGGUGUGACGGCGACGCCAGAAGGAUAUGUGGCCAGGUGCCCUGAUGGGCGAUUUUGGUUGUCCCCUGCAUGCCGAAACAAUCCUUCUCAAUGCAUUCCAGUCCUUUCCGCUUGGAAUACAUUGAACCCAUUUCUGCAGUGGGCGACGGUUCACAAUCUUCCACUUGCCUUUGGACGACCGCCGAAUAUUACUCGGUUCCAGGAAUUGGUCAGGCAAUAUGAUGUGCUGCAUUAUUGGUGGGAACCAGAUGAAGGAGAAUUCACAGAUCUAGAUGAGUCCAGACUGGUGCUUCCAGAGCACAAUGCUUUAGAACAUGCAGAGGGCAACUACAGGACGGCAUCUGCGGGCAUAACACUUAAUAAGUAUGGUAGUGCUCUAUUAGCGCGUCAUGCACCUCGAGCCAGGGUUUUGGUAGACAAGCUCAAAAUUGACAAAGGUCAAGUUGCUCAGUUAAGCUCGGCGAUCACUUUCCCACCAGAGAUGGGAGAACUUGCUUUCUUCAACAAUCAGGACGACGCUCGCACGCAAAUCUGCGAGUGGGCCAAGUCAAAUCGACCAGUUUGGGAGCCAUGGCUCCCUGUUGACACCAACUGCAUUGUUGGGUUUGGCUUUGUCAACGCAGAGGAUGAGCUUGUCGGCUCUCGCGAGGAAGCCGUUGGAUGCCGUCUUUGUCCUGCAGGGAGAUCGUCUCAGUUUUUGGCAGAUGAGAUUGGGCAGACUCACCAGUGCGUUAUGUGCCCGCCUGGCCAGCACCAAAGCCAAAUUGGCAAAGAGCGGUGUCUUCUUUGCGACCCUGGGACCUUCGCAGCAAAUGAAGGGCAGGCUCUUUGCUCACCAUGUGGCCGUGGUUCAUAUGCUCCAUUUGCAGGAAUGAGCUCUUGCCUGAGGUGUGGAAAUGACACCGAUUUCAGGACGACUACAACUCUUGCAGACGAUGGGAAUGAGAAGAAGUGGAUCGAAGUGCAAGGAGCCAUCUCAGAGUCCUAUUGCCGUUGUGCUCCUGGCCGCUUUUUGCAAAAUGGCACGUGCCUGCCGUGUGGCACGGGGUCCUCAUGCCCUGGGUCCAAUGCUUUGGAAGUUCUGCCGGGUUUCCAUUCCAAGCCGAAUGAGCCAGCAGUACUUUUCCAAUGCUUUGGUAAUCCUGCGCGGUGCCCGGGAGGCGUACCCGGAACUUGUGCCAGUGGAUGGGAUAGCCAUAGUCCUGGUUGCAGUGAGUGCCUUACAGGCUUGCAACCGAGUGGUGCAGAAUGCCUUCCUUGCUCAGCAGGUGACUAUUUCCGUUUGCUUUUCUUUGGUUUGCUCGUGAUCUUUGCCACCGGCGUAAUGCACAUACUGAUCAGUGUGGGUGGCCACGGCAGCAACCGCUUGCAAAGCAGACUUGUGACUGCAGCCUUGUGCUUGAGCCAUUUAGUCACCUUUGCCCAGUUGCUGGCGGUGAUGAGGCAGAUUCAGGCUGUGAAGUGGAUGGAGCCUUUUCUAAGCAUUCUGGAGUUCUUCAACAUCUUUUCCAUGGAAUCAUUGUUGAGUUCUUUGUGGAGCAUCAAUUGCUUUGCCAGCUUGACACCAGCAGCAAAUUUCUUGACUCGAGCUCUUUUGCUUCCCUUGUUCUUUGCGCUGGGGCCCGCUUGUGCACACAUCAGCUUCAUUCAUGCCAACCACAAACCCACAUGGCAAAUCUCCAUUCUGAUCGGGACUUUGGGCUCCCUAUGCCUGCUUUUCUUCAUCUUGAUUUGCUUUGUAUGCUUGGAGCCAUUUCGAUGCAACGAGCAUCCAAAUGGUUUGGCCACCAUGCAGACUGCACACAGCGUCUUCUGCAACUUUACGGACCAGCAUUUGAGCUUGUGCAUCAUGGCUUUGGUGAUGCUGAUUGCUCCAGUGGGCUUCUUGGCAGUCUCUUCUUGGAUCCUCGCGAAAGAACUCCCUAGACGUGUGGCCCAAGGGGACACGAACUUCAUCCGAAUGACUUCAUUCUUGACGAUGAGGUUCAAGCCAGGAUAUGAAGCCUUCACGGUGAUCUUUUUGCUUCGCAACAUGUUCAUUCCCUUCACGCCGAUGUUCUCCACCGCUUUUAGCCUUUUUGUGCUGGGCUUACUUUUGAUGGCGAGUGUAAUCUUGGUGACAUACUACAAGCCUUGGCGCUCGAUCCUCGCCACCCAGGUAGACAUUGCUGGGCAGGCUGUUCUGCUCGUGCUCUUGUUGUUGAGCGGUUUGAGCGUUCAAGACGAAGAUCUCACUGCAGUGAUGAUCCUUUGCACCAUCGUGGCCUCUCUCCUCGUCUUUGUCAUCGUUCUGGCAGCAGGAUAUUCCUUCGGGCAGUAUGUCAGAAGCAAGAUCCAUAAACCGUACCGUUUCUUCUUAUGUCACCACAAAGCGGCAACGGCUGCAUUGGCACGUUGGUUGAAGAUGGAACUUGAAGGCUGCGGGGCGCGUUUCAAGACCUUUAUCGACCUGGACAGUCUCACUGACCUUACUCAGCUCUUCUCAUAUGUGAGUACCCAAGUGGAGACCUUGGCAAUCCUGGGAAGCCCACAACUGGUGAUGCGGAAAUGGUGUGUUGGAGAGAUCGUCACGGCCAGACUCUUCAAUGUGCAGGCGGUGCUGGUGAGUUUGCCGGACUUCAGCCUACCAGAUGAAGAUUUCAUCAACGACUAUGGUGCCAAUGUGCCAGAGAUCAUUGACCUCACGACCUAUGGUUACGGGCUCUCUGAAGUGAAAGCGUCCCUGCGAUGGCUUUGGACCAUGAAGACGAUUCGCGUGAAGAAGGUCUCUGCAAGGAGUGUGGCUGAGAUCGUUGGAGAGCUCACGGAGAUCGGGCACAAGAGCGGUGUGAACGACGGCCUUCAUGUUCCAAGCAUUGGUGGUUGCAUUGUGGUCGACCACGACAACACUGAAGCCUUAGCUGCAGCCCAUGUCUUGGCGCGUUUCCUGGCCCCAAUGACAAUGGAUCGUGGCGUGCCAAUCAUGGUGAUCCCCCCAGAAGAACCAGAGCAGCAGCUACAGCAAAUUCAGCCCUCAGUCCUGAUCUUGAUGUGCUCCAAGAACUGCUUUGUCUCUUCAUAUGUGACCAAGUGUGUUCUCAAAGCACGCUUCCUGGAGUCUUGUUCAGUUUUGCCCGUGAUUGCGGAUGAUGACUUCGUCAUCCCGGAGAAAUCAGGUGGCCCAAUUGCUGAUGAGGAGGAUGCUGAGGCGAUUCAUCGGGUGCUUACAGCGGUCUUCUUGGAAGUGGCACUGCCUUUUGUUUUGCGGAGCAGUUCAGAGGAUGACUUAGCCAUCCGCGCAUCGCACAUUGCCCGACGAUCAUCACCAGGAGUUGUGAAAACCCUUCGAAACAAGUUGUGGAUGACGAAUACAAGAGUAUCCGACGGUUCCGAUGGUGGAUCCAGCGCCGGUCACGAAGACGUGAUGGCAACGAUCAAGGAAGAGAUGACCAGCCAUGCAUUCUGA